AUGCGAACAGUGACGUCUAAUUCCGAGAGCGACUGGGAGAACACGUGGACGCCCACUGCACACCUCUCGCAGACGUGCGAAUCCCAGCGGGCUCGCAAACGCCGCCCGACACCCGGCACUUCCUGUGCACGAGGCGGACUUGACGGCGACGGCGUUCGCUUCCCCCUUUACUGGCUUGCCCGGCCCCUUUCGGCUCCUUUCCAUUUUGUCUUAACGAGGCGGCAGUGGUUUCACGAAGAGACGGAGAGCAGUGAUGACGCUGAAGCUCUGACUGUGAAGAAAUUCAGAGGGGACCUGGCAUACAGAAGGCAGGAGUUCCAGAAAGCACUGCAGGAGUAUUCCAGCGUCUCUGCAAAGCUGUCCUCCUCCCAUUUUGCCAUGAAGAGGGAUGUCCAGGAAGGCCAGGCUCGGUGUCUGGCUCACCUGGGAAGGCACGUGGAAGCGCUGGAGAUGGCUGUGGACUUGGAAAAUAAAGCCACCAACACAGACCACUUGACCGCUGUGCUCUACCUCCAGUUGGCUAUUUGUUCAAGCUUGCGGAACUUGGAGGAAACAAUUUUCUGCCUGCAGAAGCUGAUUUCUCUGCAUCCUUUUUACCCUUGGAACUGGAGCAGGUUGGCAGAGGCUUACCUGAGCCAGGGGCCAGCCCCGUCAGCAGCGUAUACGUCAUCUCAGAAACAGGACAGCUUCGCCUCAAGUGACAGGACUGUCAGAUCCUCCUCUCCACGCUCAGGAAAAGACUAUCUUUUGUGUUUUCCCGAAGGCUUGCCUGAGAGCUCUGUGUUUGGGGAAGCAAGUGGCCGUAACAGCCAGAAAAAGGAGAGCGCUCUUCCCAACACCCAGCACUGCCUGGCAGACGAGAGAGAAGCUAAGUCGCUGGAGACUCGGGUGAAGGCGUGUGCCUCGCUUAUGCGGACCAGGCUUUUGCUCCAGCUCAGCCAGCCUCAGCAGGCCUCGUUUGCUCUGGAGAGGAACCUCAGGACCCAGCAGGAGGUCGGAGACAAGAUGAGAGCUCUGGGCUUCGGCGAGGACGCCUUGCUGCUGGUGGCCGAGGUGAUGGGAGAAGACAUCUUCCCGGAAAAGAUGAGAGGUGACUUGCAGCCGGAGGUGGAGUGUGUGGGCCCUGCGGCCCUGGCUGCCUUGGUGACCACGACCUCGGAAGAAUUCGAAGACAAGUGGUUCAGGAAGAUCAAAGACCACUUCUGCCCCUCGGAGGGUCACUUUCUUCCAGGGAUCCAGGUUUCGGCUGCGGGGGCUCUUCACAAACAAAGCCGAAGGCGUCUCUCACUGUGUGAAUUGUCCUUGUUUGUUUCGGACAGGAUCCCUUGCCAGUCACAGAAUAUAGGGCAUUAAAACGAUUAUAUGUUAGAAAACUG